AUGGCGGACCUUUUGCCUUCUCAAAACUUUUCUUCCCACCAAGAUGUCAAGCAAGAAGAACACCAAGAAACCCACCAAAAGUUAUCAGAAUUGGUCUCCACUCUUCCUAAAGCCAAAGGAUGGGCAACUCAACAUGUUCAUUACCACCAAGGCUUUUGGUUUAAUCAAUCACCGCUUCAAGGAAUCAUAACUCUCCAGAAAAGCUUCGAGGCUCGACCCACCGAUGUUUUUUUGGUGACCUUACCAAAGUCAGGUACCACUUGGUUUAAGGCCCUUCUCUUUACCAUAAUGAACCGAAACCGUUAUGAUUUUCAUGACCAUCCUUUGCUCACAGCCAACCCUCAUGAAUGUGUGCCGUUUUUGGAGAUGUACGCCAUGGAAAACCCAAACCAGAGACCCGACCUUUCUCUCCUGUCCACCCACAUGCCUUACACAAUUCUUCCGAAAUCAAUAUUAGCCUCAGGUUCUCGAAUUGUUUAUGUGUAUCGAGACCCUAAAGACACGUUUGUUUCUCUGUGGCACUUCAUGAGCAAGCUUAGGCCCAAGGAGCUACCACCCCUGGUUUUAGAAGAUGCAGUUGAGCAAUUUUGCUCUGGAAAAUCAUCAUAUGGACCAUUUUGGGAUCAUGUUCUUGGGUAUUGGAAAGCAAGCAUAGAAUGGCCGGAUAGAGUGAUGUUCGUAAAAUUUGCGGACAUGAAGAAUGAUCCAAUACUUCAUGCAAAGAGAUUGGCUGAGUUCAUAAGCUACCCUUUUUCCUCGGAGGAAGAGAAUGAAGGUGUGAUACACAAAGUAAUAGAGCUGUGUAGUUUUGAAAACUUGAGCAAUUUGGAAGUGAACAAGAGUGGAUCAUACAAAGCGAGCUCAGCCUCCAAGAUAGAGAGCAAAACAUUUUUCAGGCAAGGUAAGACUGGGGACUGGAAGAACAUUCUAACGACCGAGAUGGCGGAGCAAAUAGAUGGAAUCAUAGAGCAGAAGCUGAAGGAUUUGGUCUGA